GCAGUGAAACGCCGCGCGCGGCUCGCAUCGUCCGUCAUAGUAAACACAAGUACGAACUCGGACGAAAGGUACCUCAUGCGCUGCUACAAAAGCAGAUACGCGUUUUGACGGGUGUUUGAACGUAAACGGAUAGAAAAACGACGCGUCUCGAAUCGAAGCGUUGGCAAAGUUUAUUGUGCAAGAGAUCAGAUGAGGAUUAUGAUACGUGACGAGGAUAAAGAGCGGCGGUGAGAGCAUCGUCGUUGGUGAAGGUAUUGUCAAGACGCUUAAUGUGCGCGGUGCGGGCGCGUGGUACGCUCGAGGCGGCCACAAAUGAAGAAGUGGGAAGCCAGGACGAGGGGGGUAGAGAGGGAAGAUGUCGAGUGGCUCGGCCUCGAAACUCGUGAACGGUGAAAACAAGAAGGAGAAGGUUCACGGGUACGGGUACGGGUACGGUUACGGGUACGGGUACGGGUACGAAUACGAGUACGAGUACGAGAACAGGAAAGAAACCGAGAGCGGCGCUGCUGGCAGCACUGCCUCUUCCAUAGUUCUCGCUGGUGGUACUAGUAACGCUACUACUAUCAUUACUGUUGCUGGUACUGGUACUACUGUUCCUAGUAUUACUGGUAACGGCGGUAGUGGUAGUGGUAGUGGUUGUGGUAACGGUGGUAGUGUUCGUUUCACCGAUAGUGGUAACGGUGACAGUGAUAGUAAUAGCGGUGUUUGCGUUACCGGCUUGACCGUCGGGGGCGUCGUCGGCGUGGAGUUUCGCGACGUUAAUUCCGAUCUGAAAGUACCAGAGAAUUUCGAAGAGGUAGACAGUCAGAGGGAUGUAAACGAGAGGACGGAAUUCGGUGAAACCGAGUUUCAGGACCCGUACACGGGAACGUGUAUCGAGACGCCAGUCGUCGAUCUCGCUACUACUACUACCACCACCACCGCCACAACCACCACCACCAUCACCAUCAUCGAACACAACGAUCGAACGAAUACGACCCACGGUGUUUCUGCUCCUUGUUACGAAGAAGAUCAGGAAGAGGAUAACGAGGAGGACGACGACAACAUGGUCGCGGCGAUGAACGAACACUUGUCUACCACGUCGGCGACCAGCGGCAUUCGAAGUAGCACUGUUUCGACAACCAGUACCACUGGUAAUUCCGUCGUCAACCAAAAUAACAGUUGCUCUCGUAAUGAAUUUCAAAACGUUGAGGAGGAUAGUAAACCGGCCGCUGGAAUACUCAGUUUUCCCUGUGAUUUCGAUCACAUGUAUGCUAGCAUGACAGACGGCGGAGCUCCGGCAGCAGCCACUGCCACUUCUGCUCUGGGUGUCAGUCCUCUUCGAGGUAAUGAACCGCGUCAAAACGAUCUUACCGAGGUUAAACACCUCAAGGAACUUUUGCUUCUUCAUUUGGAUUUAAUUCAACAACAAUCCGAACAAAUUGUCACCAAGGAUAAACUCUUAGCUGCUCUACGACAGGAAAACGAAACGCUUAAGUUGCGUUUGGAGCGUAUGGAUAGACGUGUAAAUUUACAAAAGUUACGAUCAGAGAACAGCGAAAACUCCAUUACACCAGAACAUAUAGGAGCAUGUUCUCCUCCAACUGUUAAUUCUGUGAAUGUGCCAUCGACUAGUGAACUUCACAGGAAUAAUCAGUCUGAAAAUAAUAAUUCCCAAUACAAUGAAAGUUUUAAAAUACGUUUAAAUACUAGCGGCGGAAUUACUACGGUUAAACAAGAACCAAACGAGAAUCAAAGUAAGCACGAGACUAAAAUAGAAACUGGCAAUGAUGCGAGGUUAGAUUGGGAAGACAAAAAGAAAAGAAGAACAGAUCCGAUACCAUUGUCCACUGGAAGUAAAAGAAAAAGAGGUGUUUCGUGUUCGUCUACGAUUAGUAAUGAUACAUCGUCAACGGUACACGAUAAGACGUUAACUCAGGAGAGCGGUAGGAAAAGUGAUAGAAAAGGAAAGAGUAUAACAAAAAAGGAUUCUUUUCUUACAACAGAGGAACAUUAUUACACGGCUGUUGGUGAUCCGAAUUAUACCUUAAGUUUAAAAGAACCUAAUCCUGUGGAAAGUGAUACUUCGUUAGAAGUUCCAAAUUGGAGGGUAAAGAUAUAUACAAGUUGUUAUACAAUGGAAGGAACUGAAAAUUUGGACGACGAAAUUUUUAACAAAAGACAUUUAAAAUUAGAAAAUGACGAAAGAAGGAGAAAAAGAUGGGAUGUACAAAGGAUACGAGAACAGAGGCACAUCGAAAAGUUGAAACAAAGACAGGAACGGCAGAAUCAUCAAGCUACAUGUUAUAAUACAAAUCAUACAGGACCUUGUCCAUCAACGGUCGAGGAAGAGUCUAUAUCAUCCUUGUGGCCUGAUGUAGAACAGAUACAAAGUCUUCAAGUGGAUCCACAAUUACCUGUUACUGCAUUUGGUGCUCCUAUUCCUAGUUUUACUCCAAGUGAAUUUUCUUUACCAUGGUUAAAUAUGUCACGAUCGAGUUGCCGGCGUCCAAAGCGAUCAACAGGUAGAAGAAAACCUACUAGGAGAUAAGCUUUUAGAGCAGUGGACAGGACUAUUUUUGUCUUAAUAAUUUUUAAUCUUUAUCAUAGACUUUCUCCCUUAUACAUACUUCAUUUUCAUUUUCUAAUAUUAUAUUCUUUUAUUUACGUGAGAUAGGGGCACCAAAGAUAAUUUUAUUACCUUUUUUUUAACGCAGUUCAGGAAAGGUAACUAUGUUUGAUAGGAGUACCUUAUACCCUUUUUAUUUCAUAUAUAUUUGUUGCUACUCGAACUUCACUUCACUCAAUAUUAGGAAAUAUUCAUCUUGUAAUUUGUUGAAAUCAAUAGGAACUGGUUUUAUUUGUACAACUACAAUAAUAUAUUGCCGCGAUUUGAUAAAACCAAUCAUUUAUUUAAUUUUAAUUAAUAUUUAUUAAUUAUAGAUGUAAAAAUC